CCCGCCCUCGUCCGGCGUCCAGGUAGCUGCGAGGAAACUUUUGCAGCGGCUGCGUGGCUGCACGUUUCUCCCGCUCCGCAGGACCCCGUGGCAGGCUUGCCGUGUCCUGCGAUCGCUCUCGGCCCCGCUGCCACUCUCCCGCGCUCUCCUCGCCGCCCGCCUAGCAGGAUGGCAGGGAUCGUGCGCACCGCGUGCUUGCUGGUGGCGAUGCUGCUCAGCUUGGACUACCCGGGACAGGCGCAGCCCCCGCCGCCGCCGCCGGACGCCACCUGUCACCAGGUCCGCUCCUUCUUCCAGAGGCUGCAACCCGGACUCAAGUGGGUGCCCGAAACCCCUGUGCCAGGAUCAGAUCUGCAAGUGUGUCUCCCCAAGGGCCCAACAUGCUGCUCAAGAAAGAUGGAAGAAAAAUACCAACUAACCGCUCGCUUGAACAUGGAACAACUGCUUCAGUCUGCAAGUAUGGAGCUCAAGUUCUUAAUUAUUCAGAACGCUGCAGUUUUCCAAGAGGCCUUUGAAAUCGUCGUACGCCAUGCCAAGAACUACACCAACGCCAUGUUCAAGAACAAUUAUCCGAGCCUGACACCUCAAGCUUUUGAGUUUGUGGGGGAGUUUUUCACUGACGUGUCACUCUACAUCCUCGGUUCUGACAUCAACGUGGAUGACAUGGUCAACGAGUUGUUUGACAGCCUCUUUCCAGUCAUCUAUACCCAGCUCAUGAAUCCCGGCCUGCCUGAAUCCGCCUUAGAUAUUAACGAGUGCCUCCGAGGAGCCAGACGGGACCUGAAAGUGUUUGGCAACUUCCCCAAGCUCAUCAUGACCCAGGUUUCCAAGUCACUGCAGGUCACUAGAAUCUUCCUCCAGGCGCUGAAUCUUGGCAUUGAAGUGAUCAACACCACUGACCACCUGAAAUUCAGUAAGGACUGUGGCCGCAUGCUCACCAGAAUGUGGUAUUGCUCCUACUGCCAGGGACUGAUGAUGGUGAAGCCUUGCGGCGGCUAUUGCAAUGUGGUCAUGCAAGGCUGCAUGGCAGGCGUGGUGGAAAUUGACAAGUACUGGAGAGAAUACAUUCUGUCCCUCGAAGAAUUGGUGAAUGGCAUGUACCGAAUCUACGACAUGGAGAAUGUGCUGCUUGGCCUCUUCUUGACCAUCCACGAUUCUAUCCAGUAUGUCCAGAAGAAUGGCGGGAAGCUCACUACCACCAUUGGCAAGUUAUGUGCCUAUUCUCAGCAACGCCAAUAUAGAUCGGCUUAUUAUCCCGAAGAUCUGUUUAUUGACAAGAAGGUAUUAAAAGUUGCUCAUGUAGAACAUGAAGAAACCUUAUCCAGCCGAAGAAGGGAACUCAUUCAGAAGCUGAAGUCCUUCAUUAGCUUCUACAGUGCUCUGCCCGGUUACGUCUGCAGCCACAGCCCUGUGGCCGAAAACGAUACCCUUUGCUGGAACGGACAAGAACUUGUGGAGAGAUACAGCCAGAAGGCAGCGAGGAAUGGAAUGAAAAACCAGUUCAACCUCCAUGAGCUGAAAAUGAAGGGUCCUGAGCCUGUGGUCAGUCAGAUCAUCGACAAGCUGAAGCACAUUAACCAGCUCCUGAGAACCAUGUCUGUGCCCAAAGGAAAAGUUGUGGAGAAAACCAUUGAUGAGGAAGGCCUGGAGAGCGGUGACUGCGGCGAUGAUGAAGAUGAAUGCAUCGGAGGCUCUGGCGAUGGCAUGAUGAAAGUGAAGAAUCAACUCCGCUUCCUUGCAGAACUGGCUUAUGACCUGGAUGUGGAUGACUCUGCCGGAAGCAAGCACCAUGUGAACCCGAAUGACAACGAGAUCAUUGCCUCCCACAACCUUGGGAGUGCCCGUUCCCCGCUGAAGGUUCUCACCAGCCUGGCCAUCUCCGUGAUGUGCUUUUUCUUCCUGGUGCACUGACUCCCCAGUGCCCAGGACAUGUGCUGCCCUGCAGCACCUCCGUGGUUUACCUCUAUUGUGGGAACCACCUUUUUAUUUUUUUUCUAUUUUUUUUUUAUUAUACCCACCUUCUCCAGCCAUUCAAGUAGAAGACAAACCAUCUGUGGCGUUUUCGAAAAUCGAAUGGUCUUAUUAGGCAGAAGGUCCAUUUUAGUAGUAGUCUAGCUUGUCCUUUUACAAAAAAAAACAAAAAAAUUUAAAAAAAGAAAAAAAAUAUUGUGCCAAAUUUGUUUUCUGUUUGGCUGCUAGAGCAUGGUUACCAUGUCUCUCUCCUUCUUUCUUUCUCUUUGCAUGGAUUUCUUUGGACAAAAAAAAUAAUAAAUACUCAAAUAAAAAA